CAGGGCCCGCUGUUCUCUUCUGCACCGCCGCCCGCGCAGCCAGUCAGCGCGCGCUCGCCGCCGGCGCCGCACGUACGUCCAUGUCGCCAUGGUGUACCCCGACUCGCGCUGGGGAGCGGACGCAUUAGCCCCCCUCUAUGAUGACGUCUACCGAGCUGACGGCGUGCUGUCAACCGUGAACGUGGUGGAGGCUCUGCAGGAGUUCUGGCAGGUGAAGGCGGCGCGAGGGGGCGGCGCGGGCGCGCUCGUGAUCUAUGAGUCCGUGCCUGCUGCCCACCCGCCCUAUGUUUGCUAUGUGACGCUGCCGGGCGGUGCUUGCUUCGGUAGCUUCCAGAAUUGCCCGACCAAGGCAGAAGCGCGACGCAGUGCGGCGAAAAUUGCGCUUAUGAACAGCGUCUUCAACGAGCACGAGUCGCGCCGUAUUUCGGAGCAUUUCAUUGAAAAAGCCGUGGCUGAGGCUCGAGCCAGCUUCGCGGGAGAUGCUGCUGCACAUCAGGACCCGAGUGCUGGCAUUGCUGCCUUCAGGUUCAUGUUGGAAGCGAACAAAGGGCGCACAAUGCUGGAGUUCCAAGAGUUGAUGACUGUGUUUCAGCUGCUCCACUGGAACGGCUCACUGCGUGCCAUGCGUGAACGCCAGUGCUCUCGCCAGGAGGUUGUCGCCCACUACUCCGCGCGAGCUCUCGACGACGCGAUGCGCGAGCAAAUGGCACGCGAAUGGGCCGCGCGAGAGCGCGAAGCGGGCGCCGGUGGGGUAAUUCGCGCAGAGCUCGCGCGAGCGGAGCGCGAACUACGCUCCGCGAGGCUCGCUGCACGCGAACUACGUUUCCCGAAGGAGAAACGCGAUAUUUUGACCCUCGCUGCUCGUCUCGCCCCGCCGCAACAGCCACAGUGAUCUCAAAUCUAUGUCUAGAACUGUUGUCCAGUAAAUGUCAAGGAAAAUUUUCUCAAUAACUAUGUAGUUGACAUUUUCGAUCUAAAUUCCUAGUAACAGUGACAAAUAAGUAAGCAAAUGUUAGUGCUAAGGUGCGUCCAGAUAUAUUUUCAUCUAUCCCUAAGUCUGUACACACCUGUAGGCUGUCAAACAAAAUAAUAUUUAGCUUUUAUACGAAUAUAACAUUUAGGUAGGUACACUUUGUUAAGUCUGCAGGAAUAUUUAGUAACAAGAGGCUUGUUUAAGGCAUAAAAACUUAAUUAUUGCACAAAAUUGAAAUUGGUUUUACUGGACAACAGGUUUCUUGAAAGAAUAUUCGCCGCCACGCCGCUAAAUUGUUAUUUAAGUAUAGUAUAUGUAGUUUAAGACUGA